AUGAUGAAAAUUAUCGUCCUCAUCUCUGCGCUGGUCGCCAUUGCUUCCGCCAAGCCAUCUCUAGUCAGCGCCCCCCUCAUCGCCGCUCCUGCACCUGUAGUGACUGCGACCAGCUCUCAAUACUACCACCGCAUCAACAACGGCUUAGCCGCAUACUACGCUGCUCCUGCUGCAUACGUCGCUCCUGCUGCACCUUACGUAGCAUCUCCUUAUGUAGCUUCCCCAUACGUAGCCGCCGCUUCUCCUUACGUCGCUGCCCCAGCGGUCGUUGCCUAUAUCAUCUUCCUCGCCACCAUUGCUGUAGCUAUUGCCAAACCUAGCCUGGCACCAGCUGCUCUAGUGGCACCAGCGCCAUUAGUUGCCGCCGCAGCUCCUUUGGUUGCUGCACCUGCUCCUAUCGUCACCGCGUCUAGUUCUCAAUAUAUUUCAAGAAAUUACAAUGGAAUUGCCGCUCCAUUGGUCGCCUCCGCACCUGUGGUUACAUCCCCAUACGCAUUUGCUGCUCCUUACUAUGCACCCGCAGCCAGAUUUGUAGCUCCUGCAGCGCCUUAUGUAGCAGCUGCGUCACCAUACUACGCAGCUUCUGCCCCUUUGAUUGCCCUGAAGUGAAAAAAAUGUU